UAUUUGUUAUUUAUCUCGGUUAUUUCGUUAUUUUCGGUUACGUUGUUCUUUGGGCUCACCCUCAUCCGCUCAGCUCUAUUAACCGAUCGAAUGAAAUGGCGCGUUUAUACGGUUAUUUACGGUAAGGAGUUGAAGUUGUAUUUUUACAGUGGGAGACAGAAGGGAAACGCUCAAAUCGGCCAGCAGCUACACAGCAUCUCUUACAGAUAAUGAGCAAGAUUUGGCAGCUCAGCGCACCAAAAUAACAUUUAGAAAGCACAGUUUGGAUUUCUGUGGAGACUCGGAGCAGCCAUCGCAGGCAGAAAGGUCCAGCUUCCUGUCCUAAUCUGGCUGUGAGGACGGAACACCAGUUAGCCACACGGCCCAACCAAAUCCUAAGAUGCCCUAGGUGCGGAGAAGGGAAAUGUUAAUGGCUUCCAAAGUAAAAGAUGCUGUGGUGUGGUACCAGAAAAAGAUUGGCGCCUAUGACCAACAGAUAUGGGAGAAGUCAGUGGAACAGCGAGAAAUAAAGGGCUUGAGGAACAAGCCGAAGAAGACAGGACAUGUCAAACCAGACCUCAUAGAUGUGGACUUGGUUAGAGGAUCAGCAUUUGCCAAGGCCAAACCAGAGAGUCCGUGGACAUCACUGACCAGGAAGGGCAUCGUCAGAGUUGUCUUCUUCCCCUUCUUUUAUCGAUGGUGGAUCCAGGUCACCUCCAGAGCCAUCUUCCUCCUACUGUUGGUUCUCUAUCUGCUGCAAGUGGCAGCAGCGGUCCUGUAUAUGACCAUCCCUCAGCCUCAUGGGAUACCAGCCACCGACGUGUUCGGAGCCAUCUGGCUCAUGUUACUGCUGGGCACCGUCCAUUGCCAGAUCGUCUCCACCAGAACACCAAAACCUGCCUCCAGCAGUGGGGGAAAGAGACGCAGGAAGUUGAGGAAGGCAUAUCAGAUGGAGGUGCAUAGGGAAGGCGACGGUUCUAGCACUACCGAUAACACACAGGACGGGGUGCCACACUCCCACUCCGCCAGCACCACAUACAGCCUGGGCGCUUUCUUCCAAGAUUUCUGGCAUGAUAUCUGUAAAACUGGAUCAAAGAAGUCCAAGCUUUCCAUUGACAAGUCUACAGAGACUGAUAAUGGAUAUGUGUCAUUGGAUGGCCGGGUAACAAAUCGCAGCAGUGAGGAGGGGCUUCAGCUCCACGAGCAGCGUCGUGAUUCACUGAACCGAGCUGAUGAGGUCUGCUGGAGCUCGCAGGUCCCGCCCACACAUGGUCACACAUCCCGCAGCACAGGACUGAUGCUGGCCAGUGGCAGUAAGGAGCCAGCGUCAGAUGAGGCAUCCAGUGAGGAGGACCCUGAAGCAUCCUAUAGCACCCUCCGCAGGGGAGUUGAAAGAAUGAACAGUGACUGUACAUUGCGAAACCGCAAGAACACACAGCACUACAAGAAACACUAUGUUGUGGAGGAUGUCCCCAAGUCUGGCACCAGCUGCAGCUCCAGGUGUUCCAGUCUGAGGACACAGGACUCAGAGAGCACUCGCCACGAGUCAGAGACAGAGGACCUGAUGUGGGAAGACUUCCUGCACUGUGCCGAGUGCAGAUCGUCCUGUACCUCAGAGACAGAGGGAGAAGGAGGAGGAACACCUGUAUGCCCCACUGCUAAAAAGGAGUAUAGAGACGACCCUUUCCAUCAGGGUCACAUCCCUUGGCUGCACAACUCCAACCCUGGCCUGGAGAGAGUAAGUGCCAUAGUGUGGGAGGGAAACGAGUGUAAGAAGGCCGAUAUGUCGGUCCUGGAGAUCAGCGGCAUGAUCAUGAACAGAGUGAAUCUCUACACUCCUGGUAUUGGUUAUCAGGUCUUUGGGAAUUUGGUUUCAGUGACGCUUGGAUUCACACCCUUUGCGUUCAGGCUGGCUCAGUACCGGGACCUAGACCAGCUGACUACACUCUCAGCCAAUGAACUGCUGUCUGUAGCGCUGGGUGGUGGGUCUGGAUCAGAUGCGCUGGUCAUCACCAUGGUAACACUGAGCUUCCUGGUACGUGUUUGCCUUAUAUGGCUCUUCUUCUUCCUGCUCAGCGUAGCAGAGAGAACCUACAAACAGAGGCUCCUGUUUGCCAAGCUGUUUGGUCACCUGACUUCAGCCCGCAGAGCCAGGAAGUCUGAAGUGCCCCAUUUUAGACUAAAAAAAGUUCAGAACAUCAAGAUGUGGCUGUCGCUACGAUCCUACCUCAAGAGGCGGGGUCCUCAGCGCUCUGUGGAUGUGAUUGUGUCAUCUGCCUUCCUGCUCACUUUGUCCGUCGUCUUCAUCUGCUGUGCCCAGUUGCUUCAUGUCCAUGAAACCUUCCUGGAGUGUCACUACAACUGGGAGCUGGUGAUCUGGUGCUCUAGUCUGUCUCUGUUCCUGCUCAGGUUUGUCACUCUGGGCUCUGAGACCAGCAAGAAGUACAGCAACACCUCCAUACUCCUCACUGAGCAGAUCAACCUGUAUCUGAAAAUGGAAAAGAAGCCAAACAAGAAAGAGGAGCUGACACUGGUUAACAAUGUCUUAAAACUGGCCACCAAACUACUCAAGGAGUUGGAUACUCCGUUCAGGUUGUAUGGUUUGACUAUGAACCCUCUGCUCUACAACAUCACCCAGGUGGUCAUCCUAUCCGCUGUGUCUGGGGUCAUAUCUGACCUGUUAGGAUUUAACCUGAAGCUAUGGAAGAUCAAAUCAUGAUGGUGGCCAGAGACGACACGUCAGAGUGCUUUUACCCUCAAAGUUCCAACUUUGUGCAAUUCACGAACUAUUUAUUAUUUACCUGCUCAGUGUUUUUACUUACUUUAAUUUGUUUUACAACACAAAACCAAGCUAUAUUUUACCCAUCUGUAAAAAGUGUUAUUACAUUAAGUUCUCAACUUAAAGUCUAGUUUUCUGAAAGUUAUUUAUAUAUUAAAUGAGUUUCAAAACAACUGUUACGACCUUAAAACAAAACAUAUGUUACAUUAGUGGUUUUCUUCUGUUAACAAAGACAUUGGAAUUUGUGCAUUAAAUGCUUAAAACCACGGAGUAUAUUGUGAUCAAACUAUAGUUAGAAGGACUUUUAUUAUACUAAACCUGGCUGGUUCCUGAAGCAAACGGUCUCUGAAUUUAAAGCUAGUGAUGCAUUCGGUAUUUGACAAAUGAGUUCAAA